AGGGCUUAGAGCGAGGCACCGGGAGCUCCUGCAGCACAAGCAUUACUGCAGUGAAGCCCAGCAAGCAGCCAUGGCCGGCACGAAGCAGGAAGCCGACGCUGAUGAGAUUAAGAGGCUGGGAAGGAGAUUUAAGAAACUCGACCUGGAUGACUCCGGGUCCCUGAGCGUGGAGGAGUUCAUGUCCCUGCCGGAGCUCCAGCAGAAUCCCCUGGUGCAGCGAGUCAUCGACAUAUUGGACACCGAUGAAAACGGGGAAGUCGACUUUAAAGAGUUCAUUGAAGGAGUCUUUCAGUUCAGCGUCAAAGGGGACAAAGAGCAGAGGCUGCGCUUUGCCUUCAGGAUCUAUGACAUGGACAAGGAUGGCUACAUCUCCAACGGAGAACUCUUCCAGGUCCUGAAGAUGAUGGUGGGCAGCAACCUGAAGGACACGCAGCUGCAGCAGAUUGUCGACAAAACCAUCCUGAACGCUGACAAAGACGGAGACGGCAGGAUCUCCUUUGAGGAGUUCUGUGCGGUCGUCAGUGGAAUGGACAUUCACAAAAAGAUGGUGGUGGACAUCUGAGAGCCGUUGGACUGAGUUUGGACUGUUUGUUUUAAACAUUUUUAAAACAUUUUUAACUUGAUUUUUUUUUAAUACAAAAGCUACAACAGUUAAGUUAACUAAUGUGUCUGUUUACAUAUGAAGACAGCUUAAAAAAAUCUGAUCUAAUAGAGCUUGUAUAAUGUUAUAUUUCAUAUAUUAUUGUACUGUUUCUCUGUAUGAUAAUAAAAUAAAAUGAACAUGUACACA